GGGAAGGAACUACGGACCACCAAUUCUUGUUUAAUGCUAAGAGAAUCGUCAAACCCGAAUUUCAAAAGAAGAAAAAUUGGCCAACGAUGCGUAUAUUUUCUCAUUAUUAUAUUAAAUGGAAUCUAUGAUAAUUAGUCGUAUGGAUUGUCUUCUUACUUUUAACGCCGCAUAAAAUUCCUACUCUGUUGCAAGAGAAGGAAAGAAGCGGAAAUGAGUUCAGACCAGUCUUCACUUCCAUCUGAGACAGAAAAAGGGGCAGUAGGGGGAGAAAAUUCCGAUGUUUAUGAAGAUAACGAAGAAAAGCAGGUACGAGGAGAAGGUUCAGAAGGCCAUGAAGCCGCCGGGAAAGGGACGUGGAAACACGCAGCUUUUCAUGUUGCCACGACCAUUGCUACCCCUGCUGCUUAUGCUCCUUUGCCUUUUGCCCUCGCUUCUCUCGGUUGGUCUCUUGGUGUAAGUAGUUUGGUGGCUGCAACACUAGCCACGUGGUAUUCUAGCUUGCUUAUUGCCUCUUUGUGGAGAUGGAAUGGGAAGAAGCAUGUCACGUACCGGCUUCUUGGAGAGAGCAUCUUUGGAUUCUGGGGUUACUGGUCUAUUGCAUUUUUUCAGCAGGUGGCUUCAUUAGGAAAUAAUAUUGCCAUUCAAAUUGCUGCUGGCAGCAGCCUCAAGGCGGUUUACAAACACUUCCAUAAGGAUGGCACACUCACCUUGCAACAUUUUAUUGUUUUUUUUGGGGCUUUUGAACUUUUCCUCUCUCAGCUCCCUGACAUCCACUCUUUAAGAUGGGUCAAUGGGUUAUGCACUUUAAGCACAAUUGGCUUUGCCGGCACAACCAUCGGCGUCACAAUCUAUAAUGGUAAAAAGAUUGAUAGGGAGUCCGUCAGUUAUAGUUUGAAGGGAAGCUCCUCUGCUAAGAGAUUUGCAGCAUUCAAUGCUCUUGGUGCAAUUGCCUUUUCAUUUGGAGAUGCAAUGCUUCCAGAAAUACAGAAUACAGUGAAGGAACCUUCAGUGAAAAAUAUGUAUAAAGGUGUAUCAGCGGCAUAUAGUGUUAUUGUUUUAACUUACUGGCAACUAGCUUUCAGUGGAUACUGGGCAUUUGGAUCAGACGUUCAGCCUUACAUCGUGGCUUCUUUGACUGUCCCAAAAUGGACAAUUGUCAUGGCCAAUAUCUUUGCUGUGAUUCAGAUAUCAGGAUGCUACCAGAUCUAUUGCAGGCCUACUUACGCCUACCUUGAGGAAAGAAUGCUUUCCAACAGAACUAACAGUUCCACGCUCAGAAAUCCCCUUGUCCGCCUUUUGUUCACCUCCAUCUACAUUGUUCUUAUUACUCUCAUUGCUGCAGCUAUGCCAUUUUUUGUAGAUUUUGUGUCCAUUUGCGGUGCCAUUGGAUUCACUCCCCUAGACUUUGUCUUCCCUGCUUUAGCAUUCCUGAAAGCUGGAAAAAUGCCCAAAAACAGACAACUUCGCCUCGCCAUGCGGCUUCUGAACAUUGCAAUAGCCUCCUGGUUUUCAGUUGUUGCUGUUUUGGGUUGCAUUGGUGCAAUCAGAUUUGUUGUUAAAGAUGUCAAGACUUACAAGUUCUUUCAUGACAUGUAAAAGUUCGCAUUUACAUUAUUUGCUAUCUAUCUAUAUAUAGAUUAUAUCUUUUAAUGAAGAUCUGCGGUCUAGUUUCUGAUAUAUCAUUUUUUUUUCCCAAUCAUAUGAAAAGGGACUGCAUGAAAAGCAUGCUACUAUGUACUAUGCAUCAAU